AGUGGCAGAUCACCGAAGCUAACCCAAGCCAUCCAGCUGGCGGCGUGACAAGCAAAAACAAUAUUGCUGAAGAAGAGCAAAGUUGCGUCUUGCGUCGUUAAAUUCUGUUUCUGCAUCUGCAAAUCAAUUUCAAAAUGAUGAUUACUAGCGCAGCCGGUAUUCUAUCGCUGCUCUCGGAGCCGAUGCCAGAGCUGAAGAUCUACGCUCUGAAGCAGUUGGACACCAUAGUAGACCAGUUUUGGCCAGAGAUAUCUGAAGCUAUUGAAAAGAUUGAGAUCCUGUAUGAAGACCAGAAUUUCUCUCAACGGAAAUUGGCGGCUCUGGUGGCUAGCAAAGUCUACUUCCAUCUGGGCUCCUUUGAGGACUCUUUGACUUAUGCUUUGGGGGCUGGAGAGCUCUUUGAUGUGAACUCCCGCACUGAAUAUGUUGACACUAUCAUUGCUAAGUGCAUUGACCAGUACACUGCUCAGCGCGUUCGUUUGGCUGAGGCCGGCGACCUGAAUGGUGGUGCUAUCGACGAGCGCCUCACCAACAUUGUCCGCAACAUGUUCGACCGAUGUCUUGCAGAGGGACAGUACCGCCAGGCCAUUGGCAUUGCUCUGGAGACUAGGAGCAUGGAUGUGUUUGAAGAUGCCAUCACCCGUGCUGAGGACAAAGCAGAAAUGCUGAGCUACGCCUUCAAAGUAGCCAUGUCCCUCAUUCACCAGAGAAAGUUCCGCCACGAGGUUCUUCGCAGCCUGGUGAAGCUAUACCGGAAUUUAUAUACUCCAGACUAUGUUAACAUGGUCCAAUGCCUCAUCUAUUUGGAAGACCCCUUGUCUGUGGCUCAGUUGCUCACAAAACUUGUCCAGACGAAUGAAGACAAUGCCCUGAUGGCGUAUCAAAUUGCAUUUGAUCUUUAUGACUCAGCCACCCAGCAAUUCCUUGGUCAGGUAUUGCAAACUCUGAAAGCAAGUGCACCCAUACCUUUUGAUGAGAAAAAGGAAAAAGUUGAAGGAGAGAAGGUGGUUGCUGAUCUAUCUCAGAAGAGUCCAGAAGUGCGAGAGCAACAAGGGCGGUUUGAGAAGCUGGCUAAAAUCCUAUCGGGAACUGUCACCAUUGAACUUCAUCUGCAGUUCCUCAUUCGCACCAACCACACGGACAUGCUUAUUUUGAAAGCAACCAAAGAUGCAGUGAGAGUGUCCAUCUGCCACACAGCUACCGUUAUUGCAAACGCUUUCAUGCACAGUGGCACUACUUCCGACCAGUUUUUGAGGGAAAAUCUUGAAUGGCUGGCAAGAGCUACAAACUGGGCAAAGUUGACAGCUACUGCCUCUCUUGGAGUGGUUCACCGAGGCCACGAGACUGACGCCUUGACUCUAAUGCAGAGCUACCUCCCUAAGGAAACUGGAUCCUCCUCAGGCUAUUCCGAGGGUGGCGGUCUCUAUGCGCUUGGCCUGAUCCACGCCAAUCAUGGCACAGCCAUCUGCGACUAUCUUCUGCAACAACUCAAAGACGCUCAGAAUGAGAUGGUUCGCCAUGGAGGAUGUCUCGGCCUUGGUUUGGCAGCUAUAGGCACACAUAGGCAGGAUGCCUAUGAGCAGCUGAAGUAUAACUUGUAUCAAGAUGAUGCAGUUACUGGAGAGGCUGCCGGAAUAGCCAUGGGAAUGGUUAUGCUUGGCUCUCAGUCUGCUGAUGCCAUUGGAGACAUGAUCGGGUACGCUCAAGAGACCCAGCAUGAGAAAAUCCUUCGAGGCUUGGCAGUUGGCAUUUCUCUUACCAUGUAUGGACGCUUGGAGGAAGCUGACACCCUCAUCGACACUCUCAUUGGCGACAAAGAUCCCAUUCUCAGACGCUCUGGUAUGUACACCAUUGCUAUGGCUUAUUGUGGCACAGGCCACAAUGAGGCUAUCAGGAAGCUGCUGCACGUCGCUGUUUCUGAUGUCAACGAUGAUGUUCGUCGCGCCGCAGUCACUGGCUUGGGUUUCCUCCUCUUCAGGACCCCAGAGCAGUGUCCCAGCGUUGUGUCGCUCCUCGCCGAGUCCUACAACCCUCAUGUUCGCUACGGCGCCGCCAUGGCUUUGGGCAUUGCUUGCGCUGGAACUGGACUCAAGGAAGCUAUUGCCCUCCUCGACCCCAUGACCAACGACCCGGUCAAUUUUGUCCGUCAAGGCGCCCUCAUCGCCUCUGCCAUGAUUCUCGUCCAGCAGACCGAGAUCACCUGCCCUAAGGUCAAGGAUUUCCGCGCCCUUUACGCAAAGGUCAUCGUUGACAAGCAUGAAGACGUCAUGUCCAAGUACGGAGCCAUCCUUGCUCAAGGAAUCAUUGAUGCCGGUGGCCGCAACGUGACUGUCACCUUGCAGUCUCGUACCGGACACACUAACAUGCUUGCCGUGGUCGGCGUGUUGGUGUUCACUCAGUAUUGGUACUGGUUCCCGCUGGCCCAUUGCCUGUCCCUCGCAUUCACUCCCACCUGCUUGGUUGCUCUCAACUCUCAGCUGAAGAUGCCCAAGCUGCAGUUCCGCUCAAAUGCGAAGCCAGCCACCUAUGCCUACCCUCCACCACUAGAGGAGAAGAAGCGCGAGGAACGUGAGAAGGUUGCCACUGCCGCCCUGAGCUUUGCCGCCCGCUCUCGCCGCAACCGGGGCCACGGCACAUCUGUUGCCCAGGAGACCAAGAUGGAAGUUGAUGAGGAAGAGACGAAGGAGGCAAAGAGGAAGGAGAAGGAAGCUAAGGAAAAGAAGGAGGAAGAGAAAAAGGAGGCCGAAAAGAAGGAAGAGAAGAAGGAAGAGCCCAACUUUGAGAUCCUGCAGAACCCUGCUCGUGUCAUGCGCCAGCAGCUCAAGGUUUUGCAGAUUUCCGAAGGAUCCAGCUACGCUCCCAUGAAGGAUUUGAGCAUCGGCGGAAUCAUCAUGGUACGCCAGAGCCAGCCAGGUUCUCCUGAGGAACUGGUUGAGCCUGUGGCAGCCUUUGGUCCUAAGAUUGAGGAGGACAACGAACCUGAGCCUCCUGAGCCGUUCGAGUAUAUUGACGAAUAGAUUUUCACCCAGCGCAAAUUUUAGCUGCGUUCAAUUUCAAAAAGCUCCCUUGCUGACUGUUUUGCUUCAUUAGUUUGGUUGAACACAUAAUAUGCAUGUUGUGCAAUCGCAAUCAUUAAUAAAACCCAGUUUACUUUAACAAAA